AUGAUUGUAAGCCAUAGAAAGCUCGGGCUGAGUGCAUGUAUUUGCUUUCCUCCCGCAUCUAAUCUGACCCCAACAAAGAAAGCCCAACAUAUGUCUCUAUCCGCUUUAAUCAACAGACGUAUUCAACUGUGGCAUUUCAUAGUUCCCAAUUAUCAGCUGAUAACAGUGUCCGUGUGAAGGGUUAUGAAGGACAGGUGUUAGACAAGAGGAUGGCGGCGAAGAGCACCGAUGGAGUCUCUGCAAAUGACUGGAGAUACAGGAUACCGGUCACUGAAUCAGUGCUGGGCGUUCCCUCAUCUCAACAAACCCAUGCACGCCGACGGGCCUGCUGCUCUCUCCGUAACCUCCCAUUUGGAGGUGAUGAUACCAGAUAGUGUACAGCAGAGUAUCCAAAUACAUCCACCGGCCGUCUGGCGUCACUCAGCAGCAGGGGGCAGCUCGCCACAUCCACAGACUGAACUGAACCAGGACGGCGCAGAGUUUCACUCGCUCCCUCAUCUGAUGGAUUAAAAGCCGGCCUGACAUGCGGCUGAACUCCGGCGCACCGAUAUUCCAACAUGGAUCUGGAGAGCUGGAAGACGCACAUAAUGUGCGUGUUUUUACCUCUGAAAGCACAGGAGGAUAUGCUGUCAGUGUGUUGAUACCGUACUACUGUCCGCCAUGUGGAGGCUGCCUACCGGACAACAGAAUCCAGAUAAAUUAGAUUAUUGGAUUGGCUGCACCAGAUUAUAGCUCUCCUGCCUCCUCGAUGCUUCAUGAGAAAACCACAUCAAUCUGAUCAUAUUACACGAAGAAAAGAAGAAGAAGAAAAAAAUAAAGGACACAGCAUCACCUCAUGUGAUCCCCAAACUGGCAGCCAUGCUGACCAGAUUUAUGGAGGGUUUUCUCUGCUGCCUGAGCUCAAAGUCAGCCAACGUUGUGGUUCCAGUAGAAACCUCAGAACCAGCUGAUGGCUACGAGUUUGUGGAGGUGAAACCAGGCCGCGUCCUGCGGGUUCGACAUAUCAUCCCUGACCGGCCGGUGCUGGAGGAGCCCACCGGGCAGGGUGGGAGUGUCAGCUGCAAACGAAAGAUCACAGUAUAUCGCAACGGGCAGCUAUUCAUUGAGAACUUGGGAGACAGGGCGAGCGCCGAACUGAAAAACUGCCAAAAUGGAGAUACCGAGCCCAACAGCACCGUGGAGGUUGAACUGACAGACUGUGGUAACUCCUCUCCGCCCGUCAGCAUCCCAGAGUCCAGGCGGGAGUCUGUCGCGGCUGGAAAAGAUGAGGCAGCUGAAGCAGGAGGAGUGGCACCGGCUGCCGGACAGGCUGACCAGUCGCAGCAGCCCAGGAAGCGCAGGCGGAGACCCAAGCGCACUGUGGUGAUCGACUGCGAGAGGAAGAUAAUGGCCUGUAAAGGGACUCAUCAAGACGUGGCUCUGUUCUUCAUCCAUGGAGUGGGAGGCUCAUUGGACAUCUGGGGAAGCCAGUUGGAUUUCUUCUCCAGGCUGGGCUAUGAGGUGAUUGCUGUGGACCUGGCGGGUCAUGGAGCCAGCUCAGCGCCACAAAUAGCUGCGGCGUACACUUUCUACGCUCUGGCUGAGGACAUGAGACUUAUCUUCAAGAGAUAUGCACGCAAGAGGAAUAUUCUCAUAGGACAUUCUUAUGGUGUGUCGUUCUGUACCUUCCUGGCCCACGAGUAUCCGGAACAGAUCCACAAGAUGGUGAUGAUCAACGGAGGUGGUCCCACCGCUCUGGAGCCGAGUCUCUGCUCCAUCUUCAACCUGCCCACCUGUGUGCUUCACUGCCUCUCCCCGCUGCUGGCGUGGAGCUUCCUCAAGGCUGGCUUUGCGCGGCAGGGUGCCAAGGAGAAGCAGCUGCUGAAAGACAACAAUGCCUUCAACGUGUCGUCCUUUGUGCUGCGCGCCAUGAUGAGUGGGCAGUACUGGCCCGAGGGGGACGAGGUCUACCACGCUGAACUCACAGUGCCCAUCCUGCUGGUUCACGGCAUGCACGACAAGUUUGUUCCGGUGGAAGAGGACCAGCGCAUGGCAGAGAUCCUCCUAAUGGGCUUCCUGAAGGUCCUGCAGGACGGUAGUCACAUGAUCAUGAUGGAGUGUCCUGAGGCUGUCAACACACUCCUGCAUGAGUUCUUCCUCUGGGAGCCGGCCGCACCUCCGCCACCAAAGAAGGAGAACAAAACGCGUCCAGAGACGGCCAAGGCCCAGUCUGACAGCAUCAAGGCUACAUCUGACCCCUCCCAGGUCCGACCUGCCACUGCUAGGCAAACCUCAUCAAACGGUGGCGCAGGGGAAAAGGCAAACAGCAAGGACAAGAAAUGACUGAAGAUUAAAGCUGCUGCUUCCAGUGGUUGUCACAGUCCGUCAUGGAUGACGUUGCACUUUAUGGGCCCUGGUAAUCUGCACUAGUUUCAGCUGUUGAACCUGAUGCUGAGCCAAAAGAACCAGUUUAUCUGAAAUGGUCCACUUACAGGCUGGACAAGAGAAAGUGCGACAUGAUACAGGGGAUUCAAAAAUGAUUCCAGGUUUGUCAGCUGCUGAGCUGAAAGACAGAGGAGCUGCUCCCUGUCCUCAUCAUAGAGCUGGGGAAGAUACAGCUGUGCCUUUAAGCGGAGGUUGAUGACGAUGCCAGGGCAGAAGGAACACUGACGGUAAGGACAAAGUGGAUAAUGGGAAGAUUCUUGAGCAGAAAAAGUGACAACUUGUGACUUUUGUGGACAAGUGUCACCUACUGUAUUGUAAGCUGCAUAUUAGAGAGGAUAACACUUGAUUGCCUGGUUGGACCUUUGACAUUCCUAGAAUGUGGAGAAGAAAAGUAAAAGAAAUGGUUUGCAUGAAACAUGCUCCUGGUUGUGUUACGCUGCCCCUCUUAAAACAGCAGCAGAGUCUAAACCUUAGAAAAACUAGCUACAUGGUACAUUUUCCAAACAUAUGAGGUAAGUAUUAAUGUCUCUGUGUAUAUAUCAGAUGUUUGUAGCUUGAUUUUAUUUUAUUUUUUUAAUUUCACACAUAAUGAUACAUUUCAAAUCUUGCCUCUUGUAGAGGUGAGAAGACAUUUUCUUGAUUUUAAAUGCACAUUUGAUAUUUUGGCCAUUUUCUUCGUUCUGCGGCACCUCCGAGAGGUGAUCCAAAUGAUUAUCUUGGCCCAAUUCAUCAGAGGUUUGGCUGUGUAGAUGUAGCCUCAGCUAAUACUCACCCUAGUUAUGCUGCUUCUGGCAUUUCAGAGAAAUGUGGUUUAUGAGUGAGUGAGUUGUGACUUGUGAUGCCGAACAAGCGAAGAAGGAUCAAGUGCUGACCGAAGCAGAAGUGAAAGUUAGUUUGCUGCUUCUUGAAAUUCAGGGAAAUGUGUGUUCAGUCAAAUGUGUCGGCUUAAUCUAGAAAUAGCUGAGGCUCAGCAAUGAAUCAUAACCUUGUAUGGACAGAACGGGCCAAAGAUUUUGCACAAAUCUCAUGUACAUAAUGAGAUGUUAAAUCAAUAGUAAAGAGCUGCAACUAACAAUUAUUUUUAUUGUUGAUUGAUCCGUUGAUUAUUUCCUCGGUUAAUCGAUUGUUGUUUCUAGCUUCAAACAGUGUUCUGUGACCUCAUUUUCCUGUGAGAACAGCUCCUUUAUUCAGUUAUGGAAAAAAAAAUUCUCAGUUCUGAGUUUGUAUUAUUACAUCAUUAAUAUUGUAACUAUUCAAAUUCUGAGUUUUAAUAUCUUCUCCAAAAAACUCCAUGGUGCCCCUUUGAGAAGCUGGAAUACUAGGAUAAUUUAGACUUUUUUCCUCAAAAAUAACUUGAACCGAUAACCGAGAAUUUAUUUUUAUAGUUGAUUGAUUAAUUAAUAAAUUAUGUGGUAGUAGUGAGAGGGCUUGAAUUGAGAUGCAAAAGUGGUAUUUACUACACUAAAUGUCAAGUUUGAUGUCACUUGAAAAAAUGAACUUUUGCAAUGUAGCCAUUCGCUGCGGCAUCUGUUGAAACUGAAAUCCAGCUGUGACAAAGACAUCGGUGUGCGAUGAUCUUAUCGACCUUCAUGUGUAUUUGAAAGCACUUGUCCGAAUGGUUCCUCCAUUUUCUGCAACAAAAGCAGCACGUGUGCAGCUGCUGAAUAUUUCAUAAUUCUUUUAUAAGCCCGUUUUUAAUUUAAAAAGCCCAUCUGAGCUAGGAUUAAUCUGUUGUUCACUAAGUAUUUGGCACUUUCUCACCAAAACAAUGCUAUUAUGUCAUAUACAUGUUCUGUAUGUUACCACAAAAGCUGUUUUUGGACUCGUCUCCAAGUAUUGUUGAGUCGUGAUGAAUGCACAUAAAAGCCAGCAGUUAACUCAAUUAACUCUUACUCUGUGCUGUCGCUCCACACACCAGGCAGUCAGUAUGAGGAAGCUGUUGAAUCCUCUGAUUUGUCUACAGUAAUGUCUGCAUGUCUUUACAUCAGCUGACAUGUUUAGGUAUGUGUAACGUUCCCAAAUCUUCUCUGAGCCUCCAACACAGAAGUUUGAUUUGUUAAAACAUGUGAAAGAAGCACAAACCUUCUCCCUGAUCCUACAGUGUUUGAUGGUUUUUAUACAUAGUUUAUUCUUUUUUUUUUUACACACUUUUAUUUGUGAUGGAUAUUUAUAGAUUUAACAGAGACUGUAGCAGCUUGCAUCAGUUCGUAUUGAUGGUUUACAUGAUCGUCCUAAUUAUGAAAAUGGAGACUUUGUUUUGUCUGUUGUGUCUUAAAUUUUGUAACUGUUUGAAACUGCCUUUGACAAUAACUGCACAAACUGCUGAUUUGAAAAUGUUAAAAAAUAAAUUAUUGUGAGUUUUCAACAGUUUGUCCUAUGUGUUAUAUAUCAUACUAUUUUAUCUUGCAGACAUUUUCAGUGACUUUGGACUCAAGAUGUUUGCAGGGCAGUGGUGAAAAAAAAUGGUGGGACUAGGUGUAUUAGGCACUAAGAUUCAUUGAGGCACUGGAAGGGCAACUUAUAAUGUUUUAUCUACCAUAGGGGCAUCCAAAGGUGCACUUUUGCCAUGUUUUUUUGGACAUGGGGGUACUUUCAGAAUCCACCAGUAAAACUGAACCAAACUGGAAGGCUUCAUUAUUUUCUUUAAACUUUAGGGCACUGUUGCGCAACCUGCCAUGGCUUUUAUUUAGAGCAACAUGUAGCGAAAGACCUCUCAACUGUCAUCAGACUUUCACCUUAAUAUUGCUAAAUCCUGCCUAGUGAGUGGAAAUAUCAUGUGACAUGGUUUUCCAAUGUGAUGUGUUGAAAACACCACUCACCCUGUCACAGGGCACUGUACCAUCAACACGAUUUUGAAGCUGUUGUUUUAGGGUGAAAAAGUUGCAAAUGUUGCUUUAAAAAAUGAAAACACUAAUAAGCAAGCACUCUGCAUGAGUCUUUCCCUUUGGAAGUCUCCUUUAAUAAAUGUUACAGUGUCACAAAACAAGUUUUGAACUCAACGACUAUAUUAUUCAGCUACACCAGGUAUGUAUAAAUGUAGACCAUCGUCUGUUUACUUAGCGAGGAAAUGAAUACAUGACCAAACCCAGAGAUACAGGGGUAUAAAACAACAUCUUGUCUCCUGUAUAAUGAAAAUUAAGCUCUUUAAUUAAGUCUUACUAUACAGUAAAUCCGAGGGCCCUAGUUUGAUGGCAGCAUCCAGUAAACUUUGCUCACAGAAAUUCUCAUUUGCAUAAAAAUACUCAUAAAAAUAUUUAUAACUUAGUUCGGAUCUUUUUCUUUUUGGAAAUUGACAUUAAAACAUAUGAUCAAAUUCUUAAACAAAUCUCAUUCAUAACCACACUGUGUUAAAGCUUUACAAUGUUUAUACAUUCAGGACGUAUAUUUAAAAAAAAAAAAAA